AUGGAAUAUUGGUGGUUGUUGAUCAUUCUGUUUUUGGCAAAUGGGCAGUGGUGCUGUUUAGGUUGUUGGAAAGAAGAAAGAAGUGCCCUCUUGCAACUCAAAGCAAAUAUAAACUACAUAGGAUCGCGUGGUUUUUUGUCGUCCAACGAAACCUCAGAUUGUUGUCAAUGGUUGGGAGUUGUUUGCAACAACAGCACAAGACGAAUCGCUGAGUUGUCCAUUACUGUCAGUGAAAAAGAUAUGUUGGAUAUGAAUGAUACUUUGCCGCUAUUCAAUGCAUCUUUGUUUCUUCCCUUCAGAGAUAUCAGAGCUCUUCUCCUCCCUGGAAAUUCUUUCGUUGGAUGGGCUGAGACUGAAUGUUUCGAGAAACUGAAACAACUGAGGNUAUCAAAACUAUCCAUUGAUUUGGCUGUCUAA